AAACAGUGUUUCAUGCAGUGUUUAUUCAAGGUCACCGAACCGUUUAAACAUACACAAACGACGACUCAACACAAGCAAACACAGAGGAGCACAGAGAAAACAGGGACCGAAACCACUUCCAAACCCAGCCUGAUAACACGGCCCGCUGAGCAGGGUUGCCAGAUCGGGGCAGAUUUCCCGCACAAUCUGGCAACACUGCCCGCUGAGCAAGAGGAGGCAAACAAUGACGCGGCACACCGAGCACGUCAGCCAAUCACGUUCGGCGGCGAGAUCCGCGGGGUUUCCUGUGUGACGUCACCCCCCUCCUCGGUCAACACUAAAGUAGGCCCCACCCUUUGUGUUCCCCCCACAGCCCCGUCAAUCAAAACAGAAAAAAAGCCCCCCAUCAGACACUUAUCGCGGUUGAACCGGCAAUCAAACCGAGGCGCGUGGUCAUGCAACGGUGGCGCGUGAUGAGCUAGACUUUCCCGCCCUUCCGACGAGUCCCGCCAUGACCGCCCCAGAGCAGCCCGUGAAACCGGAGGAAAUGGCUGACGCGGACAGCGGUCACGGCGAUUUCCUGCAGCAGGACCACGGCAGAGGAGACCAGGACGCCCAGCCGUCGCCGCUCGACAUGCUGGCGACGACGUGCAGCAAGGUGGGCUCCCCGUCGUCCGAGGUGGAGAAAGAUGUGCAAUCCGACCUCGCCUCCAUCCAGCUCACCGGGACGGAGGCCUGGGAGGUGUUGACCCCCACCACCAAGGAAGAAUCCGGAAUGAUCCAGAUCCAGAACCAGGGCAUCCUCACGUCCAACGGCCAGUACGUGGUCCCCCUGCACAACCUCCAGGGCCAACACAUCUUCGUUACGUCGGGAGCGGACGGCGCCUCCGCCAACACAGUGCCUAACAUCCAGUACCAAGUCAUUCCUCAGCUCCAGACGGCCGACGGCCAGCUCAGCUUCUCCUCGGCCGGCGUGGACGGAGCCACGCUGGGUCAGGACUCGGCGGGGCAGAUCCAGAUCUUGCCUGACGGCAGCCAGGGCAUCAGCGUCUCGGCGGCCGACAUGCUGGCCACCACCCAGAGCCUGGUGUCGCAGGCGGGCCACCUCGGGCAGCUGCAGGGGGUGACCAUCGACAGCUCCGCCUUCGGCCACCAGGGCCAGGUGGUCACCAACGUGCCUAUGGGUCUGCCGGGGAACAUCACCCUGGUCCCCCUCAACUCCCUGGAGCUGGACUCCCUGGGGCUGUCCUGCGCCCAGACCAUCGCCACGGGGAUGACGGCGGACGGGCAGCUGAUCCUGGCCAGCCAGCCCGGGGACGGCUCGGAGGGUGGGGCCCGCCCCGGCGAGCGGCUCACACAAACUCUGACUGUUGGCGACCUGAACGCCGCUCAGGAGAUGUACGUGCCGGUGUCGUCGGCGGCGCAGCCCGGCUCGACGGACGGCUCGGUGCUGAUGACGCAGAGCACGGCGCUGUCAUCCAUGUCCGUGGGGGGGCAGGCGGACUCCGGCCUCCACGAAGUCUUCAUCCAGCAGAACCAAGCGCAGACCCUCAACACGUCCACGGCCCAGCCCAUCCUCCAGCUCCAACAAGUGCCAGCCCAGUCGAGCAACGGGCAGCAGGUGAUGCAGUCGGUGGCGGGCGACCACAACCUGCAGCUCAUCAACCCGGGGACCUUCAUCAUCCAGGCCCAGACGGUGUCGGCCUCCGGGCAGAUCCAGUGGCAGACCUUUCAGGUGCAGGGCGUCCAGAACCUGCAGAACCUGGGGCUGCCCACCUCGCAGCCCCAGCAGAUCACCCUGGCCCCGGUGCAGACCCUGUCCCUGGCCGGUGGCCAGGUGCCCAACCUGCAGACGGUGACGGUCAACUCCAUCGUGCAGCAGGAGGGCCACAGCCCCGGAGACAUCCAUAUAAAAGAAGAGCCCGACUCUGAGGACUGGCAGCUGGGGACGGACUCCACGCUGAACACCAGCGACCUGUCCCACCUCCACGUCCGGCUGGUGGACGAGGACGACCCGCUGGGCCAGGAGGGCAAGAGGCUGCGCAGGGUGGCCUGCACCUGCCCCAACUGUAAAGAGUCGGGCGGCAGAGGGUCGAACAUGGGGAAGAAGAAGCAGCACAUCUGCCACAUCGCCGGCUGUGAGAAGGUGUACGGCAAGACGUCCCACCUGCGGGCGCACCUGCGCUGGCACUCGGGGGAGCGGCCCUUCGUCUGCAGCUGGAUGUUCUGCGGGAAGCGCUUCACGCGCAGCGACGAGCUGCAGCGCCACCGACGCACACACACAGGAGAGAAGAAGUUUGUGUGCUCCGAGUGCUCCAAGCGCUUCAUGCGGAGCGACCACCUGGCCAAGCACAUCAAGACGCACCAGAACAAGAAGGGGGGUGUGGCCUCCGGCGGGGGCGUGGCCUCGCUGGAGUCGGCGGGCUCCUCGGACGGCAGCAUCAUCGCCACGACGACGGGCGGCACCACACUCAUCCUCACCAACAUCCAGCAGGGCUCCAGCCACGCCCAGGACCUCCUGGCCAACGCCGAGAUGCCCCUGCAGCUGGUCUCCGUGGCGACGGCCGGCGACGCGAUGGAGUGACCGCCGCGCUCGUCUCCCUUUUUGUUUCCUUGACCCCGCCCCCUCCGCCCGCCCCGCCCACAGACUGCUUAAUUGCGGCUCCCUUUCGACUUCCUGACUGCUUUUUUAAAGGAACCCCGGUCAGGAACAUGUAUCUAUGAAUACACAUAUAUAUAUUUUAACACGUAAGCUAAGGGCUUGAUGUCCGCGAGCAGUCUGGGUUUCUGUUAUGUUUUUUUUUUACCGGGAAAAGAGUUCAGUAGUGGCAAAAAAAAAACCCGAAGACUCCGCGGUGUCAUGUGUUUCCAAGGAGAUGCCUUAUUUUGUAAAACGCUGUGUCGCGUGGCACCUGAACACGGGGCCGUGGUAUGUUUUUGAAGAUGCUAAUUUGUUCACAUGUAUUUUGAAGAAAAAUCGUAGAGAAACGAGCGGUACCGCGGUUCGAACAACGUCCUCUUACGGACGUUAUGCCUUUAUUGACAAUAACCUUGGCGAGCAAGGUCCGUUUUCACACGCGGCUGAUGAAUAGCGCAGGUCAAGCUUUUCAUGUCCAGAUUGUGUCGUCAUGCAAACCUAUCGAUGUUGUUAUUCGCGUUUCUACAUAAUGCAUUUCUGUUUUCGUUCUGUUUCUCGUGCCCCCUCAACACCGCGCUCUUCUUGUAGUCGUAGCGCUCGCUAACGAAUGUCCGACUCUGCUCCUCCUCUCCUCCUCCUCCCUGCUCCUCCUCUCCUCCUACUCCCUGCUCCUCCUCUCCUCCUCCUCCCUGCUCCUCCUCCCUGCUCCUCCUCUCCUCUCCUUCUCCCUGCUCCUCCUCUCCUCCUCUCUUCUCCCUGCUCCUCUCUCCUCCUCCUUGUUCCUCUCUCCUUCUCUCUUCUUCUCCCUGCUCCUCCUCUUUCCUCUUCACCUCCUCUCUUCUUCUCCUCCCUCCUCUUCCUUGCUCCUCCCUGCUUCCCUCGUCUCUGACUGUAACUCUGCAGGUCUAAAAAGGAAAACACAAUCAAUGUAUUUACCAAUUCCUUCUCAACACAUACAGUACAUGUGCGUGAUAUGCAUUGUCUGCAUACACAAUAUUUUGACUGAAUAGAUAUUUAUACUGAGCUUUGCAUAGAGAAGGGUUUUUGUGACGAAAUCCAAAUUCUUUACAAAAUGGCUUUUUUUUAAUCAUGUGUAAUUUCAAAUGUGCAUUUGUAAAAAAAAAAAAUCGAAACGAAAAGACCAGAAAAAAACAUUAUUUUGUGUAAUUCAUGUACAAACACGUUGUUACUUGGACAACACACAAAAAGCCAUGUGGGUGGUAAUUGCCAAAAUUCGACUCGAUAAUAAUCUCAGGGUGACUUGGUCAGUAGAGUGUGAUUGGAUAGUGCUUGCUACAGUCGUUCGUUCCCCCAGUUCUGCGUUCCUCUGAUGGGCCAAACAGUGAAUCCCGCCGUCGCAACGCCGCCUGUUUAUCAGAAGCAGCCCGUGUGCGCUGGCUGUUCUCACUUCAUUUCACCCACUUAAAACCACUAGUUGUGUCACCUUACUGAAGAAAGCAGACCCAUCGGGACCAGUACCUCGUUUAAUCAGUUGCUAUUCGCAAGGAGAGAUUGAUUCAAUGUUCCGCUGAUUAACGGCACGUUUUUAGCAUCACUUUAGUCCUUUUUGUCCUGUUACUACGUAUGGAAACAAUUUAUAUUUAGUUCUCCGAGAAAUGCCUAGAUCUUUAAUUGUAUGGAUUGUGUAGGGUUUCUCUGGUCCACAUGACUACGUUGUCAGGCUGUUGGCCCUGCAUCUAAUGCUCAAUGUAAGGAGGAACAUUAAAUGUACUUGUGGAGCAGAGGUUUGUUGUAGCGAGUCGCAGAAGCACGGUGUGUAUGAAGUCAUGUCCCUAAAAGGUGUCCCACAUUUCAUUUAAAUCGUCCGUAGUAUUUAUUACUCUGCUCCACGCGCAGCCAAUUAUCAAGGUUUCCGUUCUCGUCCUGGGAAGUCGUUAUUAUUUGUUUGUUUUGUCUCUGUAUCCAUUCUUGUCAAUAUAACAUCCAUAUAAACCUCUGUAAAGUUUGA